AUGGUGCUCAAGUCAAUCGCUGUGUUGGCUUCAAUAGCUGGAGCGUCAGGCUUCACGAUAGGGCCGUUCGGAACGCUGCAGAAGCCUUUUGGUCAAGAUAAGCACGCCUUUAAGUGCGAUCUUCCUCCGGUUCUUGCGCCUGCUGAGGAUGGACUUCCUUCGGCGAAUGAACUGUUUUCGUCGAAGCAGGCGUUCAAUACACAGGUGAAGCGCCAUCAGGCGAUUGUACGUGUUCCGUCAAUCUGCUAUGAUGACCUUGGUGAUGUGGAUGAGGAUAAGCGCUGGGCGCCGUUUCACGAUUUACACGAUGUUCUCGCCAAGACAUAUCCAGCAGUAUACAAACAUGCAAGGCUUGAAAAGAUCAACAAAUUCGGCUUGGUCUACACACUAGCUGGCAGCGACUCUUCCCUCAAGCCUUAUCUCCUUGCAGCUCACCAAGACGUCGUCCCCGUACCAGACCCUUCAACGUGGACUCACCCGCCUUUUGACGCCUACUUUGACGGCGAGUGGCUCUGGGGUCGCGGCUCAUCUGAUGACAAGAACAGUCUUACGGCCCUGUUGUCGGCGAUUGAGACGCUACUCACUGAGACAGAGUGGGCGCCUAAGCGUACUCUGAUUCUGGCGUUUGGCUUCGAUGAGGAGUGCUCCGGACAUCGUGGCGCUGCCAAGAUCGGAGAGUUUUUGACAGAGCGGUAUGGCGAUGGUGGUAUUUCUUUUAUCUUGGAUGAGGGCGGUUCGGGAAUCCAGCUUAUUGACGAUACCCUCUAUGUGCUGCCCUCGGUGCAGGAAAAGGGUGCAGUUGAUAUCUGGGCCGAACUUCGUGUCAAGGGCGGCCACAGCUCUAUCCCUCAUCCUCACACAGGAAUCGGCAUCAUGGCUGAGAUUGUAUCCGCUCUGGAAGCAAAGCCAUACACACCUGCAAUUCUCAAGGGAAGUCCUGUAUACAACCAUCUCGUGUGCCUGGCACGACACUCCCCAGAUGCCCACCCUAAGCUCAACCACCUCCUCGAGAAGGACGAUCUCGAAAAGCUGACCGCCGAGAUCAUCCGGCUGGAUCCAAAUGCCAAGUUUAUUGUUCAGACAACACAGGCCGUGGACAUCAUCCGAGGCGGCCAGAAGAUCAACGCCAUGCCGGAGGUUGUCACCCUAGGCGUUAAUUACCGCGUUGCGCCCCAGGAUAGUCUUGACAAGGUGCAGCGACAGUUUGUCAAGAACAUUGACGCUGUUGUGCAAAAGUACAACCUCAGCGUCAACGCAUACGAGGGCGAUGAGGCGCUCGCAGAUAUCAGUUCUGAGAAAGGAUACGACUAUGACGGCCAUCUUAAACUAACAGCCAUUCGAAACUCCGUCACAACUCCCGUCUCACCAACGACCGGCCCAAUCUGGGAUAUUUUCUCAGGAACUAUCCAGCACAGCUUCGCUUUCGAAGGAGGCAAGGUUGUACCCGUUGGAGAGAUCAUGACUGGAAACACCGACACCAGACACUAUUUGAACCUUUCGCCGAAUAUUUAUCGCUGGACACCAAGUCGACAGCGCGGAUCGGAGAACAUUCACACCGUGGAUGAGAGGAUUAGGAUUGAUUCGCAUAUUGAUAUUGUCAAGUUUUACUAUGAUUUAAUUCGCAACUUUGACGUGGCGGACAUUUAA